GUGAGGGAAGUAGCAGUUGCGCAUGUGCAUCAGCUCAAACACGAGAUAAAUGUUUCUAGAGCCCACGCGUAGUUGAUUUCCAGAUACAAAAUAGCGGGUUAAAAUUUAACACGUAAACUAUACCUCGGUUUUUGUUACUUUUAGAAACGCAGGAGAAAAAACUCCUCCGUGAAGCAUUUCGCCGAGAGGGAAAAUCGAAAAAUCAAAAAGCCGAAUUAAAAAUGACUGAAGCUCAAGUGAAUCCUAAGGCCUACCCCCUGGCCGACGCCACGCUGACCAAAACCAUCCUAGACCUUGUGCAGCAAGCCGCAAAUUAUAAGCAGUUGAGGAAGGGUGCUAAUGAAGCCACUAAAACCCUGAACAGAGGCAUUGCUGAGUUUAUUGUGAUGGCGGCUGAUGCUGAACCAUUGGAGAUCAUCCUUCAUCUGCCAUUGCUCUGUGAGGACAAAAAUGUCCCAUAUGUGUUUGUCCGCUCCAAGCAGGCUUUGGGCCGGGCCUGUGGGGUGUCCCGUCCCGUCAUUGCUACCUCAGUCACCAUUAAGGAGGGGUCCCAGCUCAAACCACAGAUUCAGUCUGUUCAAAUGGCUAUUGAGAGACUCCUAGUGUAAACUUUGUUGUUGCUGUUGCACUGUAGUGCAGCAUUAAGUUUUCUUUGAGAGAGCAAUUUCCAAAUAAAUUCAUGUCUUUUUAUAAAAAUACAGUCACUCGUGGAUAGCAGUUUUAUUUAGGACAGAGUUCAUUUUGGUAUAAGUUUGCUAUCAUUUAAUUUGAUUCUUAAUAAAACUUUAUUAGCCUAA